CUCCAAUAUUUGAAAGACCGUGCCUUAUUUCCUCCGUUGCUCUCUCCCUCCAUCUGGUUGAGUCAAUUCAUCGAACAGGUUGGGUGGUGAACCCAACCUCACCAGAGGGGCAAGAAACUCCAACAAGAAACCGGGGAAAGAAAGUCCAACAGAGAGGCAAUUCUGUGAUCGGAGCUUCUUUGAGGCUGGAGACCCACAAGAUUCAUGUUAGCUUCAAGAGUUAAUCAAGGCCCCUGGAUUUGAGCGAAACUGGUCUGAAGAAGCCAACUGAUCGCCAAUAAGGUAGAGCAGGAUUUUACAUUGAAACAUAUACAAAGUUCUGUGAGUAAGUUUAGAUUGAAACAUAUAAAAGAACCGCUGGGUUAUUGUUGUUGUUGUGGCCAUGGCACUGGCUUUGGUUGGAGGGGCUGCCAUAGGAAGACUCUUCGGAGCACUGUAUGAUGUCGUUAAGCAAUCGAUGGGCAGGACUGUUUUGCGGUAUAAACCCCUCCUUGGACAUCUUGAAUUCACUCUAGAAUCUCUACGGCCGCGCAUCGUCCAACAGAUAGAGAUCAUAAUGUAGAGUUAGGCCUCCCGACGAUAUCGAGAGCCUACAAAGACAAAUGGAGGAGGGCAUAGUGCUUGUUAGGAAGCUGUCAAAUAUUGGUGUGUGGAAUUGUUUUGCAUGGUGCAGCUGCUGCAACUGCACAACGCCUAGUUACAGCGACCAACUUGUUAAGUUGAAUAAGUCUCUUAGAAUACUGUUAAAGAGACUGAAGCUGCAGCAAGCAGACGAUGUGAAGGAGGUCUUGCGUUUGAAUAGGGAGAUCCGUGACAAACAAGAUGAUUUGGAAAGGAAAGUGUCAGAUAUUCUGAAAGUGCAGCAGGAAGCAGGGGAUGUGGGAGGGUCUUCAGGAAGCAACACAGGCACGACGAUACAGCAAGGGAAGGGAGGGCAUCAAGUGGCGCCAUUAGGCGGAGUAGGAGGGGCUGCCGCUCUAGGAGCAGUGUUAGGAGUGCUGUUUGAUACCGUUGCGCGAGUGAAGGACAAGACUAUGAUGCUUAAACGCCCUCUCGAAGAUGUCAAAUCCACGCUAGACUUGUUAAAACCAUUAAUAGAAGAAAUAGCAGUGUAUAACAAGGGAUUGAAUCUCCCAAAGGAGGAAUUAGAAAAGGUUAGAUUUCAAAUGGAAGAGGGUGUGGAGCUACUUCACAAGUGCUCCAAGGUUCGUCCGUGGACUAGCUACAAAAGGCAUGAAUUAGCAAACAAACUUCUUGGAUUGGAUGAAUCACUUCAAGGAUUGUUAAAUAUAUUGAGAGUGCAUUUAGCAAGGGAUGUGAGAGAUAGAAUGGUUUCUGUGCUCUAUCAAAUUGAAGAGAGUAUUAUGGUACAAUUACAGAAUGAUCCAACUGAAAUUGAAGAUUCAUGUGAUGUACUUGAACCCCCACAGCCUGAAGUUGGAUUGAGUGUACAGGGAACAAGGGAUGUGAAGGAGACAUUAGAUUCGGCAGCAAAAAUAGAGGUCGGGGUGAAGCGAAUCAAAGGUAGUGGAGAUGUACAAGGUCAAACUGACAUGGGAAUAGGUGAACCUACAUUGCCUACACUUGAAGCUCCGGAUGCUGAAAAUAAGAUGCUACAGUCAGUCGUCCUCUAUUACACAUCAUCAUUUGUAAUUAUAGCACAUUUUUACACAAUGGCGGUGGAAAUGGCGUUGAGGUCAAUGGCGGAAGAGAAUGGUGGCGUUGAGUUGGAGGAGUUUGUGGUGAGUGGCAAGUCGAGAGUUUUGGUUUUGGGGAUUGACCGGACUCGGCUGAUGAAGGAAUUGCCUGAAAGCAAGCAGUUUCAGAGUCAAGAUUCGAAUUUGGAAGAUGGGAAUGGGAAUUUGAGUCAGAAUCAGAGUCAACAGCAAGUGGUGACUACUGGGGUUGAUGGUAAUGGUGGUGGAGUGUUUGGAAUGGGAGGGCCCGGUUUGCCACCUAUGUUUCCUGGGAGUGGACCGCCGGGUUCAUUGAUGGGUCCAAGGGGUGCUCCUAGUCCUAGAGUAAUGGGCAUGAUGGGCAUGCCUAGAGGGAUGAGUGGUGUUCCUCCAAUGCAUAGAGCUGGUAGUUUGGGGCCAAAUGCAACAAUGGAUAGCCCCAAUUCGAUGUCUCAUAAGCCUAGGAGUGAAGAGGAGGAAAUGAAGGAUCUUGAGGCAUUGUUGAAUAAGAAGACUUUUAAGGAGUUGCAAAAAUCAAAAACUGGUGAGGAGCUUUUGGACCUGAUUCACCGGCCAACUGCUAAGGAGACUGCUGUGGCUGCCAAGUUCAAGACUAAAGGUGGUUCACAAUUGAAGGAAUACUGCACAUCCCUAACAAAAGAGGACUGCCGGCGCCAGUCUAAUUCCUUACUUGCAUGUGAGGAGGUUCAUUUUAGGCGAAUAAUUGCUCCACAUAUGGAUGUCAAUUUAGGAGACUGCUCUUUUCUGGAUACUUGUCGUCACAUGAAGACAUGCAAGUAUGUACACUAUGAGCUUGAUCCAACACCAGAUGUGUCAUACAUCAUGAUGGGGGCUCCAGCUCUCAAUUCCCAUAAACCAUUGAAGCCUCAGCAUGCUGAAUAUUGUUCUGAGGUUGAACUUGGUCAACCACAAUGGAUUAACUGUGAUAUCUGCAACUUUAGAAUGGACAUUCUAGGGCAAUUUGGAGUAAUAAUGGCAGAUCCACCGUGGGACAUUCAUAUGGAAUUGUCCUAUGGGACAAUGGCUGAUGAUGAAAUGCGCAAUCUUAAUGUUCCCGCGUUGCAGACAGAUGGUCUGAUUUUCCUUUGGGUCACUGGGCGUGCAAUGGAGCUUGGGCGUGAAUGUUUGGAACUUUGGGGAUACAAGCGCAUCGAGGAGCUAAUUUGGUUUAAGACUAAUCAACUUCAACAAAUAAUUAGAACAGGGCGGACUGGCCACUGGCUUAAUCAUAGCAAGGAGCAUUGCCUUGUUGGAAUAAAAGGGGAACCAUUAGUAAAUAGAAAUAUUGAUACUGAUGUCAGUAUUGUCGAGGUUAUAGAGACAAGCCGUAAGCCAGAUGAGAUGUAACCUUUGCUGGAGAAGAUAAGUCCAAGGACUAGAAAGCUGGAACUGUUUGCUCGCAUGCACAAUACUCAUGCAGGGUGGAUGUCACUCGGUGAUCAACUGAGUGGUGUAAGAUUGGUUGAUGAAGGCCUGCGUGCAUGAUUUAAGGCUGCUUAUCCGGAUGUGGAGGUGCAGCCUGCUUCCCCACCCAGGCCCUCUGCUAUGGAAAGUAGACUCUAGUGCUGCCCAAAUGCGAAAUCCAUUUUCAGUAACAGAACCAAAGUUUACGCCCACACAAUUUGCAGAGCCUGUAGUUCCAGAUGCACCCUUUGCUGCUUCCGAAGUGAAGCCAACACCAGUUGACGUUGACAUGGUCGGUUUGAGUAACUAUUAGAUACAUCACAAGUACUCGUCCAAAACAGCGUCCCCUGUCUCGUCCAUCCGUACUGAGAUAUUGAGAUGAAAUCCUGCCCAGCCCUCAUCAAUUUUGUCAAAUGUGUUAUAACUUAUAACUCUGUCAAAUGUGUUCCAACUCUGUCAAAUGUGUGUACCUCCAUGUAGUUUUAAGAUGAGAAAAAAGCUCAAGUGCUGUUAUGAGUCCU